AAUAUUAAAAAUUUAGUUCUCCAAAAUUUCUCCCUCCUUCGACAAUCGCAUCUCUGUUCCCGGUCUCACCAUCUGAUUUCUCGGCUUCCUCUCGAUCGUCGUCUUCAUCUCUCUUGGUUCUUCUCAAUCGUUGUCUCCACCUCUCUCGGUUUCCUCUCAAUCUUCGCCGGUUUCGUUCCAGACUCUCUCCCGGCCUUGCUAUUUAGGGAUUGUGACAUCUAGAGAUCCCAAAGCUCUUGAAAUUGCCUUGCUAUUAUCGAAUGUUUGAAAAUACAUGUAAGGAAUAGAGAGGACACCUACAGAAAAAAAAUGAUUUGGGAAGUUAGAAGUCCAUAGAAGGUUUUGGUUGUAAUUUCAAAAUAUGGGGGAUUCCAUGGGUUCUACUGAAGCUGGUAAACUUCAGGAGAAGUUAGCAUCCAUGCUUGACCAGCUCUAUUUAGAGAGUGGCAUUCUACAAAAAAUGAUUUAUAAGAACAAGAACCAGCACCGUCGGAGUUCCUAUUUUCGAUAUCUUCUGCAGGUGAGGAGAGAUUUAAGACUUCUACAGGCUGUCAAGUUGGAGGAGUUGUUAAGUUCCUGCUUUCAAGUUAUUGACGGAAAGAAACCUAAGCAAAAGAUUCAUUUUUUAGAAAGUUUAAAACGGAGGAAAUGUGAAGUUGGGAAAUAUAAUUUCAUGGAACGACUUCUGGGGGCUGUGCGCCUUCUGUCACAGAUGGUGGAGCCAAUUUUUAAGGCAGCAACUGAGAUAUCUAUCUUGCUUGCUCGAACAUUUUUCCCAGGGUUUUGCUUUGUAAUUUUGGCAUUACUGGCUCGUAUUCGAGUGUUAGUUCAACAAAUAUUGCUCGAUGUUGUUUCAGUAUUCAACACGGUUUCGUCUAUCUCCAAAAAGAAGCAAGUAGUUGCAAUAAACCAGGAAAGAAUUCAGGUCUUUAGAGAGUUUUACCCAACGAAUGAUGAAUAUGUCCUCUUAGAGUGUAUUUGGGAAGUAGACAAAUUUAUUUUGAAAGAGAAAAAAAAUGAAAUUGCAACUAAGAAUCAAGAAGAACAUAUUGCACCUGAUUUUUCUUUAGCCACUUCAGCUAUGCGGUAUCAGAAACUUCGAUCUUUUCUUGGAGACGAUGAAUCAGAGGAGGCAGAAGACCAUGAAUCAGAGGAGGCAGAUGCAAAUGAAAGUAAUGAGAAAGGUCUUGAUCUAAUGAAAACGACUCCGAAUGGUUUGCUAGCAAGCCCAUCGGGAAGUGUGAAUGAUAUAUCUAUGGAAGAUAAUACAGAAACAAAAGACGGUUUGAUCAGUCCGGUAAAGACCACGAGCAAGACCUUCUUGCCCCAAGAAGGUAAUUCUCUCGUAAAUUCAAGCCCCCCCAUGCCCAGUGCGAAAAAACCGAACUCGAAGAGGCCAGCAUUUGUUUCUGUAGAACUUCCCAAACCGAUUACAUCUGGUGGAGUUGGAAUUCAAUUCAAUGAAAGUAAAGUUGAUAGUGUGGAAAAGGAGAAUCCAUUUUUCACUUUGCUCACUGGCGGGAAAGCCAAAAGCAGUUUAUUUUAAGCAGUAGAGAGAACUUUAGCAAGGAGUUAUGUUCUUUAAAAUUGCACAUCUGCCAUUGCUUAUGGAAAAAUCAUCCAUUAGCGUUUACUGAUAAAUUUUGAGAUCAGUGCUGUAAAAUUUUGUAUGGUUAUAGUUAGAUAGCUAAAAACAAGUUUGAACCUUUGAGUUCAAACCAAUUUUGUUGCUUCAUUUAAGCUCUCGACUUGUCUAUGAGUUAUUAACUAAUAAAAACUAGAGCAGAGCGGAUCAUUUUCGAACA